GGCCGGCGCGUGCGCACUGGCCUAGCUGCCACCGGUGAACAAUGGAGGCUCCAGGGAUCUUUGCCCGUGACUGGUACGUCCCAUCGCUCCCGCCGACGCGAGCGUGUGUUUCGAAGCUGUGGCUCUGUGAGCUCUGGCUACUACUGCUGGCAUCCGGUUUGAGCAAGAAAUUUUUGCCACACGAAGAGGACGUAAGAUUUAUCAAUGAGUACGUGAACCUCCACAAUGAGCUCCGAGGCAACGUCACGCCCACAGGGGCUAACUUGCGCUUCAUGACUUGGGAUGUAGCUUUGUCACGGACUGCUAGAGCAUGGGGGAAAAAAUGUGUGUUUAAGCGUAAUACUCAUUUAGAAGAAGAAAAAAUGGCCCAUCCUAAAUUUAAUGGUAUUGGUGAAAAUAUGUGGGUCGGCCCUGAAAAUGAAUUUACUGCAAGUAUUGCUAUCAGAAGUUGGUAUGCAGAGAGGAAAAACUACAAUUUUGAAAAUGACCAUUGCUCCGGUAACUGUUCUAAUUAUAUACAGCUCGUUUGGGACAACUCUUACAAAGUUGGUUGCGCUGUUACUCCAUGUUCAAAAAUUGGAGAUAUUAAACAUGCAGCAAUUUUCAUAUGCAACUAUGCACCAGGAGGGACUCUGACGAGAAGGCCUUAUAAACCAGGAGUAAUUUGUAGUCUAUGCAGCAAAUAUGACAGAUGCACAGAUUUUCUAUGCAGCAACGCGGAGCGUGAGCAAGCCAUAUAUUAUCGAUUUUGGUAUCCAAAAUGGGAAGUGCCCCGGCCACUUGUGUGUGAUCUACUCUGCAUAUUUAUUUUCUUUUUGAGAGCAUUAUGUUUUUCACUGUGUGCCACAACUGUGUUGAUAAUGCAGUCUCAUUUUCCAAAUAUAUUAUUGGAAGAAAAGAUGAUAUUUACCCCUGAGGAGGAGGAGGAGGAGGAGGAGGAGGAAGAGAAGGAGGAGGAGGAGGAAAAAAAGGAAUAA